GCAGCCGCAGGGGUUGGUGGAAGGGCGGUCAUGGAGCUGCUGCUGUUCCUGCUUGCGGCGGUGCUGCCGGCCGCCGCCGUGUACCUGUGCUGCGUGCGGCGGCACACGGGCAGCGCGGCGGCCGCCGUGCAGCGCCGGGAGCCGGGCCGGGCCGAGGCGAGGGGCCGCAGCCCGCCGCGGAGCUCCUGGGCCCCGCGGCUGUGCGGUGCCGGCCUGCGCUUCUUCGUCCAUGUGGCCAACACGGCUUUUGGACAGAUCUGCUUACUGCCACUUAUACUAAGGCUGGAAAACUUCUUGCUCAUGCGUUCGCUUGACAUCCAUGAAGAUCCCACAUUUAUCCCAGAGGUUGCUGCGGACAUCACAGAAGACAAGUCUGAGGCUAAAAACACUGCAGAUAUUAUCAAGCAGCUGCUAGAUGCAAGGUCUGAUUCUCCUAGCAAUGGGUUUAGCUUCAAAGGGAUCAAAGACUACCUGGAGUGCUACCAGAGUGGGAAGCUGACGCCAUCCCAGGUAGCAAAGAACAUCAUUGCUGUGCUGGAGGACUGCAACAAAUCCACACCCCCACUCAGAGCCAUAGUGCAAUGGGACCCGGAGCAAAUAAUGCUGAUGGCGGAGGCCUCCACUGUUCGCUACAGGAAUAAAUGUCCCUUGUCUUAUCUGGAUGGCAUCCCAGUGUGUCUGAAAGAAGAAUUCAGAGUGGUACCUUAUCAUCACCGAGCGGGAACAGUGUAUCUUGGGACAGAGCCUGAAACAGAAGAUGCUACUGUGGCCAAGAAGCUGCGGGAGGCUGGAGCUAUCAUUAUUGGGGUCUCAAACAUGCACGAACUAGGGACUGGAACAACUGGAUGCAACCCUAAUAGGUACCACAAGGUCCCAAGGAAUCCCUACAAGCCGAACCACUUCACAGGGGGGAGCUCCAGUGGGUCAGCAGCAUCUGUAGCAGCAGGUCUCUGCCCAGUGGCUAUUGGCACAGAUGGAGGUGGCUCUGUGAGGAUUCCUUCUUCAUUCUGUGGUGUGGUGGGGCUGAAAGGUACGUUUGGGCGCAUCAGUUCUCAUGGCAGCUUGCCACUCUCCUACUCCACAGUCAGCGUAGGCCCUAUGUGUACCUCAGUAGUAGAUGCAGCCAUUGCUUACAGUAUCCUUGCUGAGCCAGAUCCACUCUAUCCAUAUGGACUCAAACAACCCAAAGCAACCCUAUCUGGGAUGUGUGCUCCUGACCUGAAGGGCUUAAAACUGGGAGUGGACUGGACAUUUUUUAAGGAAUGUGAUGAAGAAGUCCUGUCCAUCUGUGAGAAAGCUGUGGAGCACCUGCAGAGUCUGGGAGCCAGUGUGGUUGAAGUGUCUCUCCCAGAGAUGGAGGAGGUGCGGGUAGCACACGUAAUCUGCAUUCUCAGUGAGAUGAGGGACUUCCUGCAACCUGACUUCAAUAAACACUUCCAGGAAAUGAAUUUGGACACUCGGGCUAACCUGGCCUUGGCUUCCCAGUUCACAGCUCUGGAUUAUAUUACGGCAAAUCGACAAAGAACUCGGAGCAUGAGAUUCCUGCAGGACAUCUUCGCUACCGUGCACUGUAUCCUUACACCAGCUGUUCCUUCCACUGCCCCAAGAAUCUAUGAAUCUGACCUCUUGACUGGGAGCAGCGAUUCAGCCUUCACGAUGCGGUCCAUGAGGUUCAUGCAGCUUGCGAACUUCACUGGCAUUCCAGGCAUUGUGGUUCCCAUUGGAUAUUCUGUGGCUGGGCUUCCCAUUGGUUUCCAGGUAAUGGCAAAGUGGUGGGAUGAAGCUGUUCUUCUGAGGAUUGGCCUGAAGCUGGAGCAGUUCCGUUGUCAGACCAAAAAACCAUCUAUUUACUACGACAUCCUCGCAUGAUGGCAGUGACCAACAGUCUGGUUCUUCCCCAUCUGACCUGACCAAGUAUCAGAGUGGACUUGUUUUCAGUGUUCACCUAGCAGCAGAGCCAGUUAUGGAGUGGGGAGGAACAUUGAGCCCAGCGGGCACUGAUGCUGAGCAGACAUGAUUUCUACUCCCUCCUUGUUAUUGGAUGAUCCAGUAUAUACUGGGGAGACCAACUGUGCUAGCUAGUUCCUCACUGUGUUUUUACCCACAGGGGAAGCUGCAACUAUGUUCUGCAACUUCUUUCCAUGUAGGUGUAAAGAUGGAAGACACUUGAAUCUACAGGACUGCAUGCAGGCAGUUCAUGUACUGUGCAUGGACAGAUACAGUCUCUAGACCUUAAACCUCACAGAACUACUGCUCCAGGAUGUAACCAAGGUACUCUUCUGAGGGGGAGAGGCAGCAAGUAAUGCCUACCUCCCUUGGAAUGAGAGGGAUCUUAGCAUACCUGCUAAGGAGUGUGUGUUUUGGCCCUGCAGUCCCUCAGAGCAAAAUAGAAAGCCUGUAGCUAUGGAAGCAUCACUGCUCUGCUGUCCCUUAUGCUAUGAACAGUGUAAAGUCAAUCUAACUGCUGCACAAGGUAUGGGUGUGCUCACCUACCUUCAGCCUGACAUGCAAGAGGCGUUAAAAGCAGAGCAUAAAUCCCGAUCAACUCCAUGACCAAAAGCCCUGGCUCAAGGUUCUGGCUUUCUAUUGCACAUCUCUGUUUUCCAAAACAGGCCUUGGGAGAGCCUCUUUAUUUCUAGUGAUUGCUUAAGUAUAAGCCUAUCAUUUAGGUGCUCAAAUAGAAGAAGCUACUUGGUAAUACUGAGUAAGGAGUGCUGAGCCUAUGCCAAACAGGUAAAAUCUGUAUGAAAUGGUACUGAGCUAUUGCAAGAAUUGCACCCAGUUUCAAGAAAGGUGUUGCACAAAGCCACAUGCAGCAGAGACUGCUCUAGGUAGGAAGCCAACCCCUUCUUACCCAAAUGUGCUUCCCAAAGUAAUCAAGCUAGAAUUAAGACAUGGAUUAGAGAUGAGGCUGUACUACAGGAAGCAUGACAUGGCUCAAAAGCCUGUGUCUCAAUGCAAGGCCCCAGACUCUAAACUCUGAAGCACCUGUGUCCUUGUCAGCAGCACUAGGGGCCACAUGAAAGAUAAGACAAAGUCUAGGAGUAACCAAAGCUAAGUGUUUGUGUUCAUUUUGGAGUAGCUGGGGGUUAAAGCUCGGAGGUAUCUCCUGUUGCCUCCCUCAGUAGGUAUCCUGGGCCUGUGAUGAGGCUGCUGGAGAAGCUGUCAUGCAGACAGGAGCAGAGAUCACUGUAUUUACUUGCCUUGGAAGGAAAGAAGGAACAGAAAGUAGUUGCAGUUUCUUCCAAACUCAGCAGAGUUUGGGUUUAUUCCCCCUACACAGUCACUCUUUAACCAGAGCUAGCACUUUACUAAUGGUCACAGUUACAUCAGGCGGCAUCUGAAAGGAAGAACACUGCAUUGCUGUCUCCUCUUUAAAUACCUGAAUUACUGCAUCAACUCCUACCAUCAGCCUGUCACCAGCAUCCCCAGUUAAAUUAAUUCUAUGGUUAAUACUGUCUGUUGUCUUCAGUUCCUCUCUGUGAUACUGCCACAAAGAUUUUUCACUAGGUUCUGGUAUAGUUCAGCUUUAUGAAGAACACUUUAAAAGCAAAGUAUUUCCUUUCUUAUUAAUGGUAAGUUAUUAAACAGUACCAGUCAAUAUACCUUAAGAGUGAAAGACUGUUAAAAUCCAUUGUAUAGCAAUAAGGGAAUUGAAGUGUUUUACAAGAAUAAACUGCAGAUGAAGCUA